AAACACACUCUCAGAAACAAAGACUACCCUCUCUCUAUUAACGUCUCCGUUCUGUUCCGAUGGUUAAACGUCGGCGAUUGCAACGUAUGUCUCUUCCCCGACGGUAGUUUCUCUGACAGUGGUUUUAUAUCUUUUUGUGGAAUCUUUUUUCACUUUCGAAACGGUUGUGUUGUAACUACUAUUACCAAGCAUGUCUGAUCAGAAAGUGGAUUUCAAUUUGAAAGUUAUUUCUCCCAACAUUGGAGCCAAUAGCACUACAAGAAAUGGUGGAAUCACAACUAGCACUGACCUUGUUGAAAUCAAUCUCUUCUUAUUUGUAAAGAUUGUCAGAGCCACAAAUUUGUUUGGACAUUAUGGCUACAACAAUUGUGAUCCUUAUGUGGAGAUCAUAGCUGGGAGCUUUCAAGGUAAAACCUUGUGCUUCCGCGGCACCUCAGACCCUGAAUGGAACCAAGUCUUUGCUCUUGAGAAAGGUCUAAUUCAAACUGAAGAGAUAACAACUGUUGAGAUUCUUGUGAAGGAUAAUUUUCUUAGGUAUGAUCAAUAUAUAGGUAAGAUUUCAUUGAAUAUUUCUGAUAUUUCUACAAGGUUUCCAACUGAUAGUGCACUAGCACCACAAUGGUGUCAAUUAGAGGAUCCAAAUGGGAGAAAAUGCAGGGCAGGACUUAUGAUAUCUUGUUGGAUAGGAACUCAAGCUGAUGAAUCAUUUCAUGAAGCUUGGCAUUUACAAUUAAGUGAUGUGCCAACUGGUGUUCAAAAUACUCUCAAUACUUGCUCAAGGAUAUACCUUAUGCCUAGGGUAUGGUGUCUUAGAGUUACUUUGAUUCAAAUUGAAGAACUGAUUUUCGACGUCGAGGGCCCAUCUCAAAUUUUCAUCCGGGCUACUCUUGGGAAUUGGACUUUCACUAGUAAGUUGGCAAAUAUCGAUGAUGGAAACACGAUAUGGAACGAAGAAGUUAUUCUCUUUGCUGUGUCAGAACCGUUUGAUCAAAUAUUGAGUUUGAGUGUGGAGCAAGGUACAUUGAGAAGGCACAAGAGUUUAGGGACAUGUGUUUUUCCUGUGAAGAAUUCAGACAUGAUGUCCCCUCCGUCUACUAAAACUGUUGCCGUUAUGAAAAACGAAGGAUUUGUUGUUGGUAAGCUUAGUACGACGCUCUAUUUGGACGGCAGGUAUCAUAUGUUUGAUGAGGAUCCACGCUAUAGCAGUGAUGUGAAUCCAACAUCUAAUAUGCUUUGGAGACAGAGCAUCGGAGUUUUUGAGAUGGGGAUAUUGAAUGCUACCGGACUUCCAGCGAUGAAAUCGCCUGGCCGUACUGAUGCAUAUUGUGUGGCUAAAUAUGGCUCGAAAUGGAUUCGGUCAAGAACUGUUGUUAAUAGUCUUUCUCCAAAGUGGAAUGAACAAUACUCUUGGGAUGUUUAUGAUCCAUGUACAUUUAUCACAGUUUGUGUGUUUGAUAAUAAUCACUUAGAGGAAGGAAAUAUAGCUGCAGGAGCAAUGGAUACAAGGAUAGGGAAGGUGAGAAUUCGUCUUUCGGAAAUGGGAAUCAAUAGAAUUUAUAUCUAUUCUUAUCCACUUGUUGAACUUCAACCUUCUGGGUUGAAAAGGAUGGGAGAAAUUCAAUUGGCUUUCAAGUUUACUUGUCCAGAUAUGUUUAAUAUGUGUAUGAUGUACACGUUACCGAUGCUUCCGGGACAACAUUUCUCCGAUCCGCUAUCUCCGACUCAGUUCUUUGGAUUAAGGAGACAAACUAUCAUGCUUGUGUUGUCAAAAAUGAGCAAAGCUGAACCACCAUUGAGAAGAGAGGUUAUUGAUUAUAUGUUAGAUUCGCGCGAAAUCGUGUGGAGUAUGAGGAGAUGUAGAGCAGAUUUUGAAAGGAUUAAUGUCUUUGUAAGUUGGUUGGUUGGUAUAUGCAAUCAAUUCAAUGAGAUAUGCAAGUGGACAAAUCCUAUUUCAACAAUAAUAAUUUGGUUGGUGUUCCUUAUUGUGAUAAUCUACCCUCAAAAUUUGAUGCCAGCAAUGUUUUCCUGUCUUAUCCUGCAUGUGUUACAGCAACUUGAAAGGAAGCCAAAAACACUGUCACAUGUAGAUUUGCAUUUGUCUCAUGUUCAUACAGCAAGUAUAGAUGAACUAGAAGAAGAGUUUGAUCCAAUGCCGUCAAAAUUCGGGGAUGUCAUCAUGCGGAAUAGGUACGAUCGGUUAAGAGUUGCGGCUGGGAAAUAUGUAACAUUGAUGGGUGAGUUUGCAACUAGAAUGGAGAGAUUGCAAUCUCUUUUGAGUUGGCAUGAUUCAAUAGCUACAAUGUUGGCUAUGAUUUUGUGUUUGAUAAUUGGUAUUGUUACUUUGAUUGUUCCUUUUCAAGGUCUUGUCUUUGUUUGGUUGCUUUAUUUGUUAAGGCAUCCAAUAUUUCGUUCACCAUUUCCUCCAUUUUAUGAAAAUUGGCUUAGAAGGAUGCCUUCAAAAUUAGAUAGCAUGAUAUGAAAUUGCAACUCUGUCUCUUUUUUUUAUUGGUAAGGAGCCAACAUUUAUGUAGAUGCAAUUUGCAUAGUUUUGUGAUUAAUAUUUUAUUUAAUUUUAUUAUCUCAUUAC